CCCCCUCACAACGCUUCGUCACACCCAUCGCUCAGUCGUCGUCGCACACUCGAGCUCACAUCUCCCAUCCACUCGUCCGCAAGCUCCCCUCACCCCCGCCGACACCUCCCCCGUCGCCAGCAAGGCUCACAACUCUCGGCCAGGAUGUCGCGCCUCCCGCCCCUCGUCAUCGACAAUGGUACGGGUUACACCAAGAUGGGCUUCGCAGGCAACUCGGAGCCCUCGUUCGUAUUCCCCACCGUGAUCGCGACCCACCAGACGUCGAGCGGCUCGAGCUCGUCAACUGCUGCUGCGCCCCGCGGCGGUCGCGCCCCUCCCCCUGUCGCCGGCAAGCCGAGCCAUCUCGCCUCCAAGCGCGGCAUUGAGGACCUCGACUUUUACAUUGGUGACGAGGCGGUCGCCAACUCGAAGACCUACUCCCUCCACUACCCCAUCCGCCAUGGUAUGAUCGACAACUGGGACCAGAUGGAGCGCUUCUGGGAGCAGUCCAUCUUCAAGUACCUCCGUGCUGAGCCAGAGGACCACUACGUGUUGCUUACCGAGCCCCCUCUCAACCCUCCUGAGAACCGUGAGAACACUGCCGAGAUCAUGUUCGAGUCGUUCAACGUGGCCGGUCUGUACAUUGCCGUGCAGGCCGUGCUCGCCCUCGCCGCCUCAUGGACGUCGUCCAAGGUCGCGGAGCGCACACUGACCGGUGUCGUCAUUGACUCUGGAGACGGUGUCACUCACACCAUCCCCGUUGCCGAGGGCUACGUUAUCGGCUCUUCCAUUAAACACAUCCCCAUUGCUGGUCGUGACAUUACCUACUUUGUCCAGCAGCUCCUCCGUGACCGCGGAGAAAGCGCCCAGAUCCCUCCUGAGGACCAGCUCCGCGUGGCCGAGAAGAUCAAGGAGGACUACACCUAUGUCUGCCAGGACAUUGUCAAGGAGUUCAAAAAGUACGACACGGACCCGUACCGCUACUUCGCGCGCUUUGCCGGCGAGCACAGCGUGACUGGAAGGAAAUACGACCUCGACGUCGGCUACGAGCGUUUCCUUGCCCCCGAAAUCUUCUUCAACCCCGAGAUCUACUCGUCCGACUUCCUGACGCCUCUCCCCGAGGUUGUCGACACUGUUAUCCAGACGUCGCCCAUUGACGUGCGUCGUGGGCUGUACAAGAACAUUGUGCUGUCUGGUGGUUCGACAAUGUUCAAGGACUUUGGCAAGCGCCUGCAGCGUGACGUCAAGGCGAUUGUCGACGGCCGUAUUGCCGGCAGCGAAGAGCGCUCUGGCUCAUUGAUGAAGUCGUCGGGCGUCGAGGUCAACGUUAUCAGCCACAAGAGGCAGCGCUACGCCGUGUGGUACGGUGGUUCGCUCAUGGCAUCCACGCCCGAGUUCUACAAUGUGUCGCACUCGCGUUCCGACUACGAGGAGUAUGGUCCCUCGCUGGUGCGCCGCUUCUCCGUGUUUGGCAGCGCUACGGGAUAGGCAAGGGGUUGUAGCAAACUGCAUAGAGAUGACUAGGGCUAGGGAAUGACAUGCAGUAGAAGUUGUGCGAG